GCAAGGCUCCACUUCGUCCCCUCCGCUUCCCGAUGAGCUCGCGCGGAGCUUCACAGGACGCCGCCUCUGCCGGGCGCGCGUCCGAGGAGAAGGCGGGCGACGGCGUGUACGUGACCAAGAACCGCUCGCUCUUCUCCAUGUGGCUGCACGGCAAGGCGGUGCCCAACCGCGCGCACCCGGCUGUGGUCUUCCGCUCGGCGGACGUGAUCCAGGAGGGCUACCUGCUCAAGCAGGGCCUGCGCCUCAAGAUGUGGUCGCGCCGCUACUUCAUCCUGCGGCUCGAGGAGCGCCACAUGACGCUCGGCUACUACACGAGCAAGGACUCGCUCACGCUGUGCUCCGAGACGCCCAUCGGCCCCGGCCACGUGCUGGACCACGUCAACACGGCCAAGUACCCGCGCCGCCUGGAGCUGCGCUGCGGCACCAAGGUCAUGACGCUCGAGGCCGAGGACCAGAAGGCCUACGAGGCCUGGAAGAGCGCGCUGCAGGAGGCCAUCCGCUGGAACCACGCCAUGGUGCCCACCAAGGACGGCAGCUUCGUCACGUACGGCAAGCAGGCGUCCGAGGACCUCAAGCAGGAGGAGCGCAGCCGCGCCGAGGCCGCCAAGAAGCUGCGCGAGAAGCAGCGCGCGGACGAGGCGGCGGCGGCCGCCAACGCGGCGAACAAGCCCAAGUACCUGCCGGCCACGCGCCCCGGCACGCAGUGCUUCAUGACGUCCAACACGCGGUUCGAGAUCCCGUCCAACUUCGAGUACGUCAAGACCAUUGGCUCGGGCGCGUACGGAGUCGUGAUCUCUGCUACAGACUCCAAGAGCGGCAAGACGGUGGCCAUCAAGAACAUCCAGCGCGCGUUCGACGACCUGACGGACGCCAAGCGCAUCGUGCGCGAGAUUAAGUUGAUGAGGCACCUGAACCACAAGUGCGUGCUGGGGGUGGAGGACAUCUUCGAGCCCGUGGCGCUGGACAAGUUCGAGGACGUGUACAUCGUGUCGCAGCUCAUGGCCACGGACCUGCAUCGAGUAAUCUACUCGAGACACGCGCUGUCGGACGAGCACAUCGCCUUCUUCAUGUACCAGAUGCUGUGUGCCAUGAAGUACGUGCACUCGGCCAAUGUGAUCCACCGCGACCUGAAGCCGUCGAAUGUGCUGGUGAACGCCAACUGUGAGCUCAAGAUCUGCGACUUUGGACUGGCGAGGGGAGUUUUCCCCGAGGAGGAGCUGGAGCUGACGGAGUAUGUGGUCACGCGGUGGUACCGCGCGCCCGAGAUUAUGCUGGGAUGCAUGAAGUACACUCGCGAAGUGGACGUCUGGUCCAUGGGCUGCAUCUUUGCCGAGAUGAUGUCGCGCAAGCCGCUCUUCCCCGGACAGGACUACAUUGACCAGCUGCACCUAAUCAUGAACGCGCUCGGAGCUCCGAACGACCAGGAGCUGUACUUCUUGACCAACGCGCGCGCACGGAAGUUCAUGAACGCCGAGUUCCAGAAGCGCGGACCGAACCCGACCAAGCCCCUCGCGCACAUGUUCACGGACUCGCCGCCGGACGCGCUGGAUCUGCUGCAGAAGAUGCUGGUGAUCGACCCGAACAAGCGAAUCAGCGUGGACGAGGCGCUCGCACACCCGUACCUGGCCUCUAUCCGCAAUAUGGACGACGAGACCAUGGCCACGUCCAGCUUUGACUUCGACUUUGAGAACGAGAAGCUCACGAAGCCCGUGCUGCAGAGACUCAUCUGGGAGGAAAUGCGGCAUUUCCACCCGAUCGAGGGCGAGGAGCCGGGUGUCAGCUCUAACGCCGCUGCUGAGGGAGAGAAUGACAGCUUUGCGACUACACAGGCAUCCAACACCCCCGUGACGCCCGUGACUCCAGCCACUGCUGAGCAGGAUAAUACAUCUUCCUCCUCUUCUUCUUCGGAGGCUACGGGUACUGCUACGACCGCUGAGGUGGAAGUGGAGGUGACGACGCCUGCCACGGAAGAAGCAAGGCCGGAAGACGACGGCGAAGCCAGCACCAGACCAACUGGCGACGACAAACAGAGUACCAAUAGUGACCAGAAAAUCGUUAGGACAAGCGUCGGCAGCGACAACCCGACAGACGCUCAGACGCGGCAAGAGGCUGGCGAGCCGGCACGUGAAGUCGCAUAAUUGCUCCGUCGAUGUUUUUGUGUGCGUGCAUAUAUCCCGAAAACGGAAGACGAUCAGAAAAUAGGGCUAAGGUUGCCCAGCCCAAUAGAACACCGCAAAAUCUGACUU